AUGGGACUCUUGUUGUCUGUAAUAAUAUCAUACGUCGGCUUUCACGAAGCUAUAGAGUGCAUGAAACAUAUAAUCAGUGGAAUAAUACCUGAUACGGAACCUAAUUUCAAUGAUCUCGUCGAAUAUUAUACGCGACUACUCCAAAAGAGAGCGAACGCUACACCGCGGGACUGGACACAAGAAUGCGGUCAAGGCUACCUCUGUUUGACCGAAGAUAAAAAUGGAAACCUCAAGUCUGCAACUGUCAAGUUCUAUGGAUGUCAGCCGAAUUCGACCGCCAUAUUGUUUUCGACUAAAAUAUCCAGCUUUGGCCAAGAUUCAUUCGAAGAUAACUCUCAAGCAAAUGGCGAUUACAGAAUAGACAGGUACCCAACGAAAACGAAAACAAUUAUAUCGAAUUCGUCAGAGUCUUUUAGUGUGGGAAGUAGAAACAGAUCACCUACGUCUUCUGGAAAUAUUUCAGAUAACGCUGAGCCAGAAGAAUCUACUGAUGAUAAAGAUAAACAGAAACUCACAUGGGAAUACACCCCUAAAACACCUCCUUCAUCACCGUUGCCUGAAAUACUUUUUGAAUCGUACAGCGGAGAUAAAAAUGGAAAUGUAACAUACAGCGAAGACUUUUUAAGAUCUCUUGAUGGGAUUAAGUAUCGACCUCUGCAGCGCAGCGAUCCGAGUUUCAGACGGAGGUCAUUUAGAAAACGGGCAUCAUCAUCUUCAAAUUCGUCCAGAGAGUCUCGAGCGUCCCGUGACGAGGAACUUAAAAUUUUUACGUCACUUGAGGAAGCUGAAUUUAAAAGCAUGAAUAAAAAUGAAAAUUACACUGGGUUUGGCAGUGCCCCUAACUUAGCAGCGCGUUCUUAUUCCAGAAGUCGAUCGCGAGAGAAAUCCCGUGAAAGAAGAAACGAGAGCACCAUCCCUGAAGCUACUUCUUACAACGCAGACGAUGAAAGAGUAAAUGAUGCAAAGGCGCUUCUGAAAGACGUGCCUAAACUUUCAUCACUAGAAGAAAAUAAAACAAAAGACAUGCCAGAGGUAAAAGAAGAAGAAGAAGAAGUUGAUUUUUGGGCUAACAUUGAAGAU